AUGAAUCAUCUAUCAACUCUAUUGUUAAAAGAGAUUAUAGGAUAUUUGGAUGAUGAUAUAGACACGAUAUGUUUCAUGUUAUCAUCAAAACGUUUAUAUAAUCUAUUAUCAAAGAAUUCUUUAGAGUUUAAAAAUUUGGUCUAUAUAAACAAACCUAAAAAGUUUAGAUCAAAGUUUAUAUUUAAUCAAUCAACUCGUUUACAACUUUAUAAUAACAAUAGUAAAAUAUUAUCUUUAUCCUCUUCUUCAUCUUCUUUUAAAAAUCAAUCAUAUCUAAUAGAAAAUGAAAACAAACUAGUUGAUCAUAGCUAUGGUUUUAAUAAUGCAACUAGAUUAUUGCCACCUACACUCACCUAUUUGAGUGUGACCAAUGAAAUAAUGUAUUCUUUUAAAGUUGGAUUCUUACCCCUAUCUCUACAAACUCUGAAAAUGAAACAAUUACUAUUCCAUUGGAACAGUCAGUGUCUACCUCCCCAUAUCCUUUCACUUUACAUUAGAAUAUUAAAACCUCCAUCCACACUCCCCCAAUCAUUACGUAAACUAUCAUUACGAUACUAUGAAGAAGAGCGAGAUCCAUUUUUACCAACACUACCCACGCAAUUAGAGACUGUCAAGCUAAACUCUACGCCAUACUAUAUCGAUACAAUCGAAUCAUUACCAAAGCUGACCAAACUAAAACUAAUAGAGUCUGAUGAAUUUGCAAUUCAUAUUGGUCCGAAUCACAACCUACCAAAUACUCUAGUCACCAUCGUACUUAAAUUUCACAAAUUAUUCUCUAAAGGUUCAUUAAUUGGUUUAAAUCAACACAAUCUACCAAAUUUAAAACAUCUAGUUAUUAAAAGAUUAAAACAAAUUAAUCAAGUUAUUGAUUUGUUUCAAAAUGAAAAUGAAAGAGAAGAAGGAGCAACUUGUAUCAUAGCAUCACAACUUUCAAGUUUACAUUUACAAAUUAAAAAGAGUCAUCGUGAUAAUGACAAUGUUGAUGAUAUUGGUCAUCAAUCGAUUCCAUUAAAAAGUAUUGUACAUUUGAACAACUUGAUCAUUUCAGGUAGAGGUUUCAAAUUCAAUCUUGGUAUUCGUAAAUCAAUCGACAGUAAUGGUCGUUGUACAACCAUCUACAUUUACGAUAAAUACUCUUUAUCUGGUGUUGUAGUAUAUCAAAAGAUGAACCGUACAGUUAUCACCACCACAACCUUGUUUAUGAGACAACCAUGUGCUCAACAACAACGUAACAUGGCUACUUUAAAGGAAUUAAAGAAUCGUUUAGGUACAGUAAAGACCAUUUCAAAAUUGACCAAGACAUUAAACAUGGUAGCUUCAUCACGUUUACGUUCAGCAGAAAAGAAGGCUGAAGAGUUGGGAGUAUACAGUUUGGGACCAAACAAGUUGGUGUCUGAGAUUACCAACCUCGAAGGCUUUGGUGAGAUUGAAAACACUGGCGAGUCGCGUUCACACAAGAAUUUGGUGAUUGGUGUCACCACCGACACUGGUAUGUGUGGUCCAGUCAACCAUCAAGUUGUCCGUGCCAUCAAGGGUAUGUUGGCCGACAACCAAGCCCAAAACUCGACCGAACAACUCGUCGUCACCAUGACUGGUUUAAAGGGUGUUGCUCCCAUCACCUCUGCCUAUCCAAAGGCCUUGCACUCGAGCAGUCGUGAUUUUGGAAAGUCUGACUUUUCCUUCCCAGAGACCUGUGUCUACUUGUCCAAGGUCGUAAAGGACGUUCCAAACUUUGACUCUGCCACCGUCGUCUACAACAAGUUUAAGAACGCCAUGUCGUACGCCGUCUCUUCCACCUUUGUUCCAGGUUUCAACCUCCUCGAACACCACCGUGAAAAGUUCUAUGCCUACCAAACCAACGAAGAUCGUUCCGCCACCAUGAAGGAUUUCUCCGAGUUUAACCUCAUCUCGACUCUCUGGGGUUCCCUCUACCAAAACCGUGCCUCUGAAACUGCCGCUCGUAUGAUUUCUAUGGAUAACGCUAGCAAGAAUGGUGAACAAAUCUCUGCUGCCCUCUCUAUCCAAUACAACAGAGCUCGUCAAGCUAUGAUUACUGGUGAAUUGAUUGAAAUUACUUCUGGUGCUGCUGCCAUUUCUGAAUCUGCUUAA